ACCAAUUCACUACUCAGCUUCUCUCAAGUCUCAACAAAGCUUCAAUUUCUUCAUCUACUCAAAAGAAGCCUCUUAUUUUUGCUAAUAUUUGCAACAUUCUUGAAUUGUCCUUCUUUGAAUCUUGAAAUUUCCCAAAAUACAAAUGGAUGAAAUUCAAGUACCUCCUUAUUUCAUUUGCCCGAUUUCUCUAGAGAUGAUGAAAGACCCCGUCACAAUCUCAACCGGAAUAACAUAUGAUCGAGAAAACAUCGAGAAAUGGAUAUUCUCAGCCAAGAAUAACACUUGUCCGGUUACAAAGCAGUUCCUUACAAGCAUAGAAUUGACACCAAACAUCACUCUUCGGCGAUUAAUACAAUCAUGGUGUACUCUCAACGCGUCCUAUGGCAUCGAAAGGUUCCCUACACCGAAGCCUCAGGUCAACAAACCCCAGAUCAUAAAGCUCCUCAAAGAAGCAAAAUCACCUAAAAUGCAAAUGAAAUCUCUCAAGACCCUUAGAUCCAUCGCUUCUGAGAACGACGCUAACAAACGCUGCAUGGAAUCCGCGGGGGCAGCAGAGUUCUUAUCCUCUAUUAUAAAUAAUCCGAAUGAAGUAUCGGAUGAAGAGGGUUUCACGAGUACUAAAGACGAAGCGCUAAGCAUCCUUUACCAACUCAAAUUAUCUGAACAUGGAUUGAGGUCACUCAUCAUGAGUGGAAAUGGCGAGUUCAUCGAGUCGUUGACACAUGUCAUGCAACGGGGGAGCUACGAGUCUAGGGCUUACGCGGUGAUGCUAAUGAAAGACAUGUUCGAAGCAUCCACACCAACUCUAGUUUUGACCUUGAAACAAGAAUUCUUCAUUCAAGUGGUUCAAGUCUUGAGGGAUGAGAUCUCUCAAAAGGCGACUAAAGCAUUAUUGCAAGUGCUAGCGCAUGUGUGUCCGUUUGGGAGGAACAGAGUGAAAGCAGCAGAGGCAGGAGCUGUUAGGGUUUUGGUGGAUCUUCUGCUCGAUUCAUCGGAGAAAAGGGCUUGUGAAUUGAUGCUAAUUUUGCUGGAUCAAAUUUGUCAGAGUGCAGAAGGGAGAGCUGAACUAUUGAAGCAUGCCGGAGGAUUAGCCAUUGUUUCCAAGAAAAUCCUUAGGGUUUCUAAAGUAGGGAGUGAAAGGGCUAUCAAGAUUUUAUAUUCAAUCUCAAAGUUUUCAGCAACACCAAGUGUUGUUCAAGAGAUGUUGAGUUUGGGUGUGGUGGCAAAGCUUUGUUUGAUACUUCAAGUUGAUUGUGGCAGUAAGGCUAAGGAUAGAGCUAGAGAAAUUCUUAAAUUUCAUGCUAAGGCAUGGAGGAAUUCUCCUUGUAUACCUAUGAAUCUAUUAUCUUCAUAUCCAUUUUAGGAAUUAGGAUGAAAAGAGCAAAAAUUGCUUAGGCAGAAAUAGUAAUUGAUUUUUGUGUACAUUACUUAUUCCUUUCAGAAUAUAGAAAAAAUGGACUUAAUAGUCCAUAUCCAUCUUGAACGUUGUGAUUCAUUACAAAGUGCAAUUAAAGUUUCUGAGAGUUUAAUGCUUUA